AUGGCUAUGCUGGCACCCAAAACCGCCUUCACAGCGCCCUUGGGCUCCGGUAACCCCAUGAUGCCCAGCGUUUCGGCGGGCGGCGGCGGCGUGCCGCCCUCGAGACGGGUACCCGCAAUUCCAAACCAACCCGCAGCCUAUGCAAGCCCGACCGAGUCCGAAUUCUCCGAAAGCGACGGUCCCGACGCCGUCAAGAACUGGGACGAGGAUAAGGUCUGCGAGUACCUGAGGAGCGUCAAGUGCGGCGAAUAUGAGAAGCUCUUCCGCAAGAACCACAUCAACGGCGAGAAUCUCCUCGAGCUCGACAAGGAUGUCCUCAAGGAGAUGGGCAUCGAGAAGGUCGGCGACCGUGUUCGCCUGUUCCUUGGAAUUAAGAAGUUGAGGACAAAGGCAUACGCCAACCAGAAGAAACGCAAUAGAGAUUCGUUUGGUGGCCUGGACCAGUUCACGCCGUCGUCCGGCGGAUCGCCUCGUCCUUCAGCGUCGAGCUCUCGCGCCGCCCCCACGCCUUCCAUGAACAAGCGCUACUCAAGGCAAUAUGAUACGAUACCCCUUGACAGCACAUCUUCCCGCCCCACCUCACCGCUGCCCGGAACGGAUGCGGUUCGGCCUCUGCGUACACGAUAUGGCCAAAGUCCCGGCUACAUGGGUAACCCCGUCCCCUCGACCGGCCGAUUGGUAACUUCCCAUACCAGGAAUAACUCCAGUAUGGAUGGUUCACUGAUGGCUGGCUUACCGCAGAACCAGGAUGUCAUACGCGUCAUUUCAACUGGAGGUGUCACCAAAGUCGUCAAGAUUGCCGACUGCAAUACCUGCGAAGAGGUCAUGCGAGUCACCCUUAGGAAGUUUGCCUUGCGGGAGGACCACGAGAGGAAUUACUGUUUCUGGGUUCUGGCCGGUGUCGAGCCCGACCCCAAUCAAUGCCGUCGACUGGGCGACACAGAACUUUGGCGCAUCAUUAAAGACCAGAAGCGUCCUGAGCGUAACCGCUUGAUUCUUCGCCGCGUUCCCGCUGGCGAGCCGGGCAUGCCCGAGCUUGAAAGAGCGGCGGGUAUCGCCAUCGAGGAAGCCCAACAGAACCAUAGCCGCGCACUUGAAACGGUGGACAAGAGGAGCCAAAUGAAGGUGCAGAAGCUUCUUGGCGAGAGAUGGAACGACGAGCUUCAACACCCCCUUUCUCCCGUUUCGUUCCACGAUCGCGAACGUAACGUUUACAAUACCGCCAAGGAACUGGAACGUCCCGCUUCCAAUGAUGGCCCGAGAUCUAGCGGCGGACCGCGAAAAAAUAAGGGGCUCCUGCGGUCAUUCGGUGGUCUACGCCCUCCCAGCGAGCUCAUUGCUUGCGACCUUACGUCAUACUUCCCUGACCAUCCCAGAGAAGAGAUCGAUCGGACUGCGCGUCUGUCCAUGAGAAGAUCAACACGUCUGAGCAAGGUCAACAGUCGUCUGAGCGUGGCAAGUAACCUCAGCUUUGCGUCCAGCAUCCAAGAUGCUCCUCCAAUCCCCACCAUCGCGGACAGCUGGCUACAGGCUGGUAGCACUCCCAAGGCACGGUCCGGUCUGCGGGUCACCCACUUCCGUGAUUCUGUUGCCUCUUCGGUGCUGGACACUUUGCAGGAGGAAUCUCCUUUGGAGCCGAACCGCAAGUCCUAUGUUUCAUUCGCCGACAGCUCUGACGGCGCCAGCGCUGCCGCUCUGAGCGUAACCGACCCCGAAGGUAACAUCACUCGGCGUAGCUACUUUGAUGCCGAAGGCUCCACCGGAUCUGGAUCAGGAUCUCUCAAGGAUCUCACGCAGGCGCUCAACGAGGACGGCGAGGAUGCGGAUGAAGAGCUUGAGAGCUUCCUUGCGGGAGAGUCAUGGUCUGACGACAAGUGGAUGAAGGGAGCCAUGAUUGGCCAAGGCUCGUUUGGCUGCGUCUAUCUGGCGCUGCACGCCGUCACCGGUGAGCUGUUGGCGGUGAAACAGGUGGAGGCGCCGGCUCCCGGUACGAACAGCCAGAACGACGCGCGUAAGAAGAGUAUGAUCGAGGCCCUUAAGCGGGAAAUCAGUCUGCUCCGCGACCUUCGACACCCGAAUAUUGUUCAGUAUCUUGGUUGCAGUUCGUCGUCCGAGUACCUCAACAUUUUCCUCGAGUACGUCCCCGGUGGCUCGGUGCAGACCAUGCUCAACUCGUAUGGUGCUCUGCCCGAGCCCCUUGUCCGCAGUUUCGUGCGCCAGAUCCUCACAGGUCUGUCGUAUCUGCACGACCGCGAAAUUAUCCACAGAGACAUCAAGGGCGCCAACAUUCUUGUGGACAACAAGGGUAACAUCAAAAUUUCCGAUUUCGGCAUCUCCAAGAAGCUGGAAGCCACCAAUAUUCUCUCCGGAGCGAACAACAAUAAGCACCGCCCCUCCCUCCAGGGUUCCGUAUUCUGGAUGGCCCCGGAAGUGGUCAAGCAGACUUCCUACACUCGCAAGGCCGACAUCUGGUCUCUGGGAUGCUUGGUCGUCGAGAUGAUGACGGGUACUCACCCUUACCCCGACUGCAGUCAGCUGCAAGCCAUCUUCAAGAUUGGCGGUGGCAAGGCCGCACCCACGAUUCCAGACCACGCUUCGGACGAUGCAAAGACGUUCCUUGCCCAGACGUUCGAGAUGGACCAUAACCUCCGCCCGAGUGCUGACGAUUUGAUGCUCAGUCCUUUUCUGACCCCCAUCACCUAG